AUGCGAUUGUCCCAAACUAUUUUUAUUCUGAGUGGAAAAUUUGCUGACCACUUUAUACGAUUUGGUGGGUACACUCCCACUCCUUUAUCGUUGAAAAAGCUGAUUGCAUUUGGUAAAGUCGGCUCUGUUCAGGAGUCUGCAUCAUUCUUGGCUUAUGAACUUCCUGUUCGCCUAGCAAAUAUUUUGCAAGAAAUUCAUUUGCUCCCGGAACAACUCGUCAGAACUCCUUCUGCAUCUCUUGUGAGACGAUGGUACGAGCAAAGCUUCUGCGAAUUGAUGGACUUCGAGAAAAUAAAAUGGGACGAGAAAAGUUUGAAUCAGUUUAACGAAAUCCUCGCUAGUAUACGUAGUCGUCACACGACUGUCGUUGAAACGAUGGCACAGGGUGUAAUGGAAAUGCAGGAAAACUACAAGACUGACAUAGUUACAGACAACCAGGUGCAGUACUUCUUGGAUAGGUUUUAUAUGAUGAGAAUCAGUAUUCGUAUGUUGCUUAGCCAGCACUUGCUUAUGUUUGGUUCAGAGUUAAAUAAACAUAGAAGAUACGUAGGCUCGAUUGAUCCUGAUUGCAAUGUUCGAGAAAUAUUGGAUGAUGCAUAUGAGGAUGCCAAAUUUCUUUGCGAGCAUUACUAUUCAGUGGCUCCUGAAAUGAAAGUUCGGGUGCAUAGUGGUGACAAUGCAAAAAUUGAAUUCGUCUAUGUACCGUCGCAUUUGUAUCAUAUUUUAUUUGAACUGCUGAAAAAUGCCCUGCGAGCAGUGGUGGAGCAGCAUAGUAGGGCUGACCAUCUUCCUCCCAUUAAAGUCUUGAUAGCAACUGGUCAGGAAAAUGUGGCGAUCAAAAUUUCUGAUUUGGGUGGUGGUAUCCCACGAUCUCAAAUGGAUUUAGUUUUCAAUUACACUUAUACAACUGCCCGGCAGGCUAAACGAUGCGGUGAAACAUCUUUAUCGUCAAUGGAACCUGGACCGCCUGAUCAGGGAACCAGUGCUCCAAUGGCAGGUUAUGGUUAUGGUCUUCCACUUAGUCGAUUAUAUGCGAAGUAUUUCAAUGGUGAUCUUAUACUAUCCAGCGUAGAAGGCUACGGAACUGAUGCUAUAGUAUAUUUAAAACGUAAUGCUGCUGAAGCUGAUGAACUACUUCCUGUUUUCAAUCGUACCUCUGCUAAACAAUAUGGGAGUGCUAGUAUCCCGGUUGCUGACUGGUCUAAUCCUCAUAUAACAACUGGUUGGCGACGAAAUUGA